AUGUUUAUAAUAAACAUCACCUGUUUAUUUUGUUCACUUGAAUCAUUACAAGAAUUUUAUCACAAAUGUCAAAGUUAUCAUGAUCAAACUUCUAAGUUAAGUAUGAUUUUAGCAUAUAUUGAAAAUAUGUUACCUGAACACGAAAGACAAAAUAGUGAUACUCUUAAAUACAUUGAAUUAUUAAUGAAUCAACAAGAUCAAGUUAUCGUUGAUCCAUAUGAAAUGAUAGUAAUGUGUUAUUUAUGUCACUUUCAUUCAAAUGAAAGUGUUCAUCAGGAUGAUUCUGUUACAAAUAAUUUUAUUAUUAACACCCCCAUUAGUAGCAAUUUUAUUUACAUCUAUGAUUCUGUUGUUGAAUUAGUUUUGCCUAAAGUGUUUAAAAAAAGUGAAUCUUGUAUUACUGACAGAUUUUGGAUGUUUAAACAAAGGUUUAAUAUGGAAAAUUUUAAAAGAUCAUUUGAAAUAAUUAAUUUUGUUUUCGAUGAAAAUAAUUCUUGUGAAUACUCAACUAAUAGUCUUCUAUAUCAUGUAAUAAAUCUAAAGUUUAUAUACAUGAGUAUAAACAAAAAUCAAUGUUUUAGAAUUGUUGCUAGAUAUAUUAAUUUAAUAAAAACAGAAUAUGAUAAAGGAUUUAAAAUAGAUGAGGUUUCAUUUAUGAUUUUUAAAAAGUCUUUACUUGAAUUAACUCCAAUAAAAGAAAAGAAGUAUGUUGAGUUUAUCAAUAUUUUUAUUGAAAUGCUUGAAAAAUCAUUUAUUUUGUUUUACGAAAUAAGAAAAAAUAAUUCUGAUAUUGAUUCAAGAAUGGGUUCUAAACAGAAAGAAAUGAUUGCUCUAUUAUUUCAUUUUAAGUCAGUUUAUAAAAUGUAUUUAAACAAUACGGAAUAUGAAAAAAACUUUGUUGUAUCAAUACUUACUAAUUUUAUUACAUUUUUUACUGCAAUGUCUAAUAGAAUAAUUAAUUACAAGUAUCUAAUUCUUUAUGAAAAAUAUUUACAAUUAGGUUUAAUUGAUUAA